AUGAUCCGUGAGGUUUACGUGAAAGGUCUGACUGGACAAAAUGUCUACGUUUCCGCUUUCCACGCUGAUCUCUUCCCCCACCUGGAUCAGCUCAUUACAGUGCAUACUGCCCUCUUCUCGAGCUUACUCCGUCAACAUUGUGCACGUGAAGACAAAAUCAUCGAGAACCUAGGCCAGUGUUUGCUGGGGACCUUAACCUCGGAAACUAUCAAUCUCCUGAUUGAGUGCUACGGUCAACUCAUGUUUGUACAAUCCUCGUUGAACGAUCGCCUAACGAAUCUCCGAAAGGAUAUGUUCAUCGCAGAAGCACUCGCUGCAGAGAACGAUUUCUGCCGAUGGACUGUGUCGCCGGAGGCAACGCGCGUGGAUCAACGUUUGAAAACCACGAAACUGAACUCUCCAACCAUGGCGUCUGAAGUUGACAUAAAGCUAGCCUCGGGGGUUGACGAAUCGACGUAA